CAGAAAGAAAUGGAUCCUAUAUCGAGAACAAUAUCCGAUGAUUUCCUUACAUGUACAAUAUGUUACGAGAUUUUUACGGAACCCCAAACACUUCCAUGUUUGCAUUCCUUCUGCAAACAAUGCAUUGCCGACUUCAUUCAAAAGAGUGAUUCAAAACGAUCAAGCGAUUGUCCCAUCUGCAGAGAAACAUUCUCAGUCGAUCAAAAAAGUUUAAAAACAAACUUCUUUCUUCAGAACAUGAUCGAUUUGAUUGAAAGUUCAUCGUCCAAACUACUGUGCUCGUUUUGCAAACUAAUGGAUAAGGAACAUAUUGCUGUUUCACAGUGCAUUAGUUGUUUGGAUUAUUUAUGUGAGGAGUGCACGAAAACACACGCGCUUACCCGCCAAACUAUAGACCACAAAGUUGUACCAAUAAGUGAAAUUAGGGAAGGAAAAUACGUCAGAGAAAUUCAAUCAGUUCAGAAGAUUCGAUGUUCACAGCACACCGAUGAAAUUCUGCGAUAUUUCUGCAUCCAGUGCAAUUUGUUAGUUUGUCGUGAUUGCAUCAUCUUUGAACACAAAAGCCAUGAUUUUAAACCGAUUUCAAAUGCUAGAAAGGAGAAAGAAAACAAAAUUUCAGAAGUAAUGAAACCUUUGAAAAAGAAACUAGAGGCUAUAAAGCAGAAUACUGCUGUUGUUGCUUUGCGUAUGGAGGAACUGACUGACAGAGAGACCAUGAUUCGAAAACAAAUAAAGCAGACUUGCACAGAGGCUAUAAACAGGAUCCGAAAAUCAAAAGAAAAUGGAGGACGAACUUACAAAAUUAGAAAACGUGAAUCUAAGACAGAAGAGAGCAAUUGCCCAGCAGUGGAUGUCCCCGAUUUUCAGAUCACGUGGGAUGAACCUCGGUUUUCAUUUCCAUGCGGAAUUAUGAGAGAUUUUGCAUCUUGUAAACGGAAAACAGGUGGUAAUGAAAGAGACAAAUUAACAAUUGCAGAAGUAGGCAACAACAUGUCAAGAUCAUUGUCAAAAAGUGUUCCAAAUUUAAGUGUGCUCUCCAGUGAUGUUUCGUAUAAAAUAAAGCUCCUGGACAACUUGGAUCUAAAAGAAGAUGAAGAUGUAUUCAAACCUGUGUAUUCUAGUGUUGCUUGGAUAAACGAAGACAAUAUAGCUGUGGUGGACAAAGAAAAUGAAAAAAUUAAACUGUUUAAUCUCAGUAAGAGAACUAUUAAAUCUAUAGGCAUGGAGAGGGCGUUGGCAGUAUCCGUGUAUAAACAUGGCUUAGCCUGUAGAUCUGUUGAUUUGCAUGUAAAAGUGUUUCAUAAAACACUUAAAGAGUUCAAGAAAAAACACGGAGUAUUUACACUAGCUGUAUCCACUUUGCAAAAUCCCGCACUAAUCUGGAUGACAAAGCAUGAUAUAUUUACUGAUAAAGAUGGCACUGUGUCCAGAGUGUCUUUUCUGGAUGGGGAAAUGAGUCCUACAUCACUCGGAAAUCCGAGAUUUGCCUGCUACCUCCCAAAUGACUUGUACUUCGUGUCAGACAGUGGGAAUGAUUGUGUGUAUCUAAUUAAAAGUAGUGGGAAAAUUAUAAGAAAAAUAGAUCAUCACCCAGGAUCUAUUGCAUAUGAUAAAAAUCAAAACGUAUUUAUCACGGAUUUUUACAAUGGAAGUAUUUCAAUUUUUGAUCCGAGCGGAUCCUACCUAAGCGAGAUAAAAAUUGGUAAAUGGAAAAAAUCACCUAGAAGCAUUUCUAUUUUAGAAAAUAAACUGUUGAUUGCAAACGAACACCAAAUCCUGUUGUUUGAAUUGGAAACCAAAUGAACUUCUUAUUUACAUGUACCAUAUUCUUACUGUGACCUCAACGCUCUCCUCUUGUCCAAUAAGGUUAACCCAUGCAACAUCCCGUUUAUUGAACAAAUACAUUAUUUUUCUAUCAUAUCAUUCUUUUAGUUUGGUUUUUAUAUGUACAUAUUUUAUAUAGCUUGCACAGACACAAUUGAAUAUCA